GCAAAUCAAAAGUUUCUUAUAUUAUAAUUACAUCAAAUUGAUCAAUCCCUGAAUGGCUAAGAUGUCAGAAAAAGUAAGCACUGAAGAGAGGUUGGCGCGGCUCAGAAACGCCUACGAAAGAUCAGAAAUAGGUUCGAAGGCUAAGAUACAACGCGUAGCACCUCAUCUUGUGGGAGAUGGAAGAAUGCAUUACGAGAAGCACUUCACGCCAAAGCUCAUGUCUCUGGGUCCCAUCCAUUACGGUGCUCCCAAACUGCAGCUAGGAGAAGAGUACAAGCAAAUGUGGGCAUCAAUGUACCUCAGCUCCACCGACAAAACCCCGGAGUUUCUGCUCGGAGAGAUUGCACAAAAUGUUGAAGCUCUGAAAGAGCUGUUUGCGCCGGAUCUUUUCACCGGAAACCAUCUUUUUUGGAACUAUUCCGAGCAAGGGUUCAACAGCUUGGAGGAAAUGAUAAGCUGGACGCUGUUGGUGGAUGGUUGUGCCCUGCUACGAAUCCUGGAAUACGCGCAACCUGAGCGACCAGAGAAAAUGAAUGUGAAGGAUGAGCAACUGAGUCCGGUGUUGCAGGAUGUUCUGUUGUUGGAGAACCAGCUUCCGUACCCAUUGCUCAAACUUUUAUGGAGAGGAACCAACAUGGAGUUGAUCCAAACCAUGAAACAAUUUCUUAUGCUUUAUGAAUGGGCCACUGCAAAUAAAGAGAGGAUCGAAUUCGAAGCACCCACUCAUCUUCUCGAUCUUCACCGCUCCAUGAUCUUGUAUGACAACCCUCCAAAAUAUACAACAUAUGUUAAAACUGAAGACAUCCCUCCACAAAAGACACAGUAUUACAAUUCAACUGAAGAAUUCUGGAUAACAUAUAGAAACAUAACGGAGUUGAAAGCGGCAGGGGUUGAAGUGAAAGCGAGCAAGACACGUAACGUAAAAGACGUAACUUUCUCCCUUGGAAGGUUCCGUUCGGAAUUGACGCUCCCGGAGAUGAUUGUGGAUGAGAACACAGCUAGUUUUACACUGAACUUAAUAGCGUACGAGACGUGUCCAGAUUUCGCGAAUUUCGAAUUUUGUAAUCACAUAUCGUUCUUGAACUCCUUCAUAGACACCCCUGAUGAUGUGAAAGCGCUGAGAUCAGCAGGAGUUCUGAUUAACUCUCUAGGGAGUGACAAAGAUGUUAUGAACCUCUUCACUACCAUAAACAGUAACUUGGUGCCUAACAUGAAGAAGUAUGCUCAUGUCAUGUUUCAAAUUGAGAAGCAUUAUCGGCAUAAAUCUUUGCCAACUUGGAUAGCCCUUGCCUAUAACACCUACUUCAGCAACCCUUGGACCAUCAUUGCCUUAUUUGCUGCACUUCUGGGUCUUAUCCUCACUUUUAUCCAAACCUGGUGUACCCUUCACCCACCAAAAUAGCUUCACACUUUCAAACCACUGCACUUUAAGGUAUUUACAUAUAUACUAUUUUCUUCCCAAUUUGUCUAUGGUAUUUUGUAUUAUUAGAACUUUAUGGAUAAAAAACUUGUUCAAUUUGUUGUUGUUGUUGAUGUAACCUCAUAAUUAAAACUAGUUUUGUAUAUUUGUAUUCGUCUUUUUUUAUUAUGUCAUGUUAUAGUUUUUACGAAUGAAAUUUUAAA